AUGCACGAGUCGCGCUCUCGGACCACCUCGCACUCGGCCUGCCGACAACAGCUACCACGGCUCGAUGAGUUGUCCUUGGAUAGAGAUGGCUCCAGCAUUACUACAGGAUGCAGUGAUACGCCGGGACAUCCGCCUGGACCUACGACUCUCACGGCUAUUACAUCUUGUCCCGACUGUUGGGCACGAGUGAGUUGGUGUUCAAGUCUUAAGUUGCAUUGGCCAGCAGCUACGACACGAACAUGUUACGGACCAACGUACAACUCCUCCACAUACGACCAUAGGACGUUGAAAACAAGGCUUCCCGUUCGCUCAGCCCUAUUUAAGCAACGUACCGGCGGACUAGUAGUUAGGUGGGUGACCACUAGCGAAUCCCCGCUGUUGUAUGUUUUUGUCAUUUUGCUCCUCCCCUGUUGA